AUGGGAACAUACACGCUUACUGCCGUUCUUUUCAUGGUCUCCUGCGUCUACCUGGUUUAUUCUGGUAGCCACAGUCACUACUUUUUCACAACCACAAUCAACCAGCCAUUACCUGGAGAACCCUCAUACGUCACAACACGAGUCUUGGAUGAUAUCAUUCUUUAUCAGUAUGACAAUAUAAAUAAGUUAAUGGAAGUCAAAGUUUGUUGGUUCAAAGCAUACAAUGGCAGUUUACCAGCGCUGAACAAUCAAAUGGCUAGUCAUAAAAACUCCACAUUAUCUCUUCUAAAUAAUAUUACCAGCCUCCUGAAUGAAACAGAUGGAGUUCAUGUCAUGCAGAAUAUAGAAGGCUGUGAUCUGCAUGAUAAUGGAACCGUAAAUGCAAUAUUCAGAAUAGUCUAUGACGGGGAGCCCUUUAUUACUUUCAACAUGGAAACUGGAAACUUCACGGCAGAUGUACCCGAGGCUCAAUAUUUUGAGGAUCUAGCAAACCAGAAUAUGACUGAAAAUGAAGAAACAAUCCGUUUGCUCACAGAAAGAUCCUCGAGCAAUAACAUGAUAACCCUGGAGUGCAGGGCGUACGGACACUACCCCAAGGAUAUCCUCAUGGUCUGGGAGAGAAAUGGGCAGCAAAUAACGGAGGCUGACGCCGAGAUACUGACGCUGCCCCUCACCGAUCAGACCUACCUGUCUGUGCUUUCCGUCAAUGUCACCACAACGAAUGAGGACACAUUCACCUGUCAGGUGACCCACAACAGCACGGAGCGGCCCAUACGGAGCCAAUGGAGAGCAACCAAUGGCUUUGCCAGCCAAGGCCAAGAAUUAUCCGUGGGUGCCGUGAUUGCAAUCUGUCUUGCGGUACUCCUGGGGGUGACCAUUGCAGUUUUUGGAUUUCUUACUUGGCAAAGGAGCAGGAGGCAAUGA